AUGACCCCAUCCACAUCUCCGCAGAAAGGCAAAGCCAAGGACAAAGACCAGAACAUCCACGAACAAAUGGCCUCCCCCGAACCCAUCCACCCUCCCUCACACCGACCUGAAUACAUGACCGUUGGAUCUGGUAUUCAACCUUCGCACGCUGCUGCAUUGGUCGAACAGCUGGAACGCGACUCGGGCUACGGAAGCAUGCCGGGAGACAAUCAACAAAUCGGUGGCGAAAUGCGGUCUUGGGAGGAUCAACUGCUGGUCGAUCGUCCAACUCCUGCUCACACUCCCCAGAUCAACGGCCAGGCUGCGCAUAUGUCUGACACCGAGAAGAGGGCUCUAGCAGGCCAUGUCCAUCAGCUCUACUACAACCAAAAUCGUGUCGCCCUGGCCAAAGCCAUUGGCCAGACGGUCGAACUUCUCAAAUCCCUCCAGGAAAUGAAUGCACAAUGGCCCGCUCAUUAUCCUUCAGUCCAGAGAUCCGCCGAUGAUAAACGAGAACCCCGCCCAUCAUUAACACAAACCCAAUCCACAAGAGACACCUCCGACUUUCCCCACGACCUCGCACUCAAGAAACUAGGCGGCCGACCUGGUGCCCUUCGAAGAUAUGGUACAUCAAUAGGAGAGGGUUCAUCCUCAGCCGAAUCUAGCCAAAUAGCACAGCGGACGGCCACACCUGAACCCAGGCUCAUCACUCCUCAAAUUGCGCAAGAAUUUUCCAUACUCAAAUUAGAUCUCAAGGUUGGCGCGCUUUCACAGACGGAGCUGGUUCAUUCCCUGGAAAAGAAGUCGAUAGCUUCUCUACUCGAUGGCAAGAUUGGCCAAAGUGUUCGCCAUUUACUUGCAUUGCGCGACCGGAUAGAAGACACCUCCAGCAAAGUUCUGGUAACGGGUGAUCUCAACGCUGGAAAGUCGACGUUCUGCAACGCGCUGCUACGGAGGAAGAUCCUACCAGAAGAUCAACAACCUUGCACGAGUAUCUUCUGUGAGGUAUUGGAUGCCAAAGAAAAUGGUGGUCUCGAGGAAGUCCACGCCGUCCACAAAGAAGCCAUCUAUAAUCGGAAUGACGAAAGCACCUAUGAUGUCUUCCCCUUACAUGAGCUUGAAAAGAUUGUUGUUGACAACGACCGCUACCUUCAGUGCAAGGUUUACGUCAGAGAUGUACGGACCAUUGAUCAGUCGUUACUAAACAACGGUGUAGUUGAUAUCUCUCUCAUCGAUGCGCCAGGACUCAAUUCUGACUCGGUCAAAACGACGGCGGUGUUUGCCCGCCAGGAGGAGAUUGAUGUGGUUGUCUUUGUGGUGUCUGCCGCCAACCACUUUACACUAUCCGCCAAGGAAUUCAUAUGGCAAGCCGCGCAUGAGAAGGCGUAUAUCUUUAUGGUGGUGAAUGGAUUUGAUAACAUUCGAGACAAGGAACGGUGUCAGAAACUCAUCCUCGAACAAUUAGGUCACCUCAGUCCACAGACAUUCAAAGAGGCUCAAGAACUGGUUCACUUUGUUUCUAGUAAUGCUGUUCCCACCCAACCAGCACCAGUGCCCGGUGGAGGUGAUGGAGGGGGCGGAGCGGACCCGUCGCCCCCAGGCGAUGAUGAUAACGAUGAUUCGAGUAAAGGAAAAGGAAAAGACAAGGAAAAGAUCCAAGACUUUGAAAUGCUCGAAAGUGCUUUACGAAGGUUUGUCCUGGAGAAGCGAGCUAGAUCGAAAUUGGCGCCGGCAAAGACGUACUUGAUGAAUUGUUUGGGAGACAUGAACGUGUUGGCCAAUGUCAACCGAGAUGUGGCCAAUUCCGAGUUGGAAAGGGUAUCGAAGGAGCUUUCGGAGAUUGAGCCUGAAUAUGAGGAAAGAUCGAAACAACGGAGUGUCGUGUCGGAGCAGCUGGAGAAGGACAUUGAUUCUACGGCGAAUGAUGUUUAUAAUCAUACUCGUUCAACAUUGUCCAGCACCAUCAGCAACGUGGGUAACGGUGACCUGGGGGUUGAGUAUCCUGGCCUGUUGUCCGCAUUCCAGUAUGCGGAGGAUUUAAGGAUAGCCAUGCUCGAUCAGAUCUCGGCAGCAGUGACACAAUGUGAGAACUACGGUCGCAGUCAAACGGUCAAGGGUGUGGACAUGGUCAAGUCACUUGGUCUAUUACAUGUUGGAGACAGCUACGAAAACCUCACAUUCCAAGCCGAUCGAAUGUUCCAACGGCGGAGAGACGCUCUUGUGCGAACCGUUGAUACUGAUGUGGAGCUUCUGGACUUUUUCGAUGUUGCUGGCCUGUGGGAACGACAGGAAAAGACAGUGGGCACGGGUCUUGCUCUCACAGUGGUGGGUACAGUUGGAUCUCGGGCCGUUGGUGGUGUGGGUUGGAUAGAUGGAGCCUUUGGAGCGGCCAAAGUGGUGGGAAGUCGAAAUCUGAGGAGGCUGUUUGUGCCGGGUGUUGUGGCUGCUGCGAUCGUGGCAGUCGCCUAUAUUCUAUCGACUAUCCCACAAACACUUCCACCACGGCUGGCAGCUAAGUUGUCGGCGACACUGUCUCAGAUGGAUUACACACACAGCAAUUCAGCACGAAUAGCAUCAGAAGUGCGACGAGUAUUGCGAUUCCCGGCUGAGAGACUCAGUGGUGAUCUGCAGAGCGGUGUCGAAGAACUGAGAAAGAAGAAAGAGGACGUGACCAAGAUCAAGAAGGAGAGUGAGGUGGCCCGAAAAUACUUUGGCAACCUGGUCCGAGAUUCUAGCGAGACGCGAAGACGCGUGUCCGGGAUUGACCUCGAAGGAACGAUACCCGGAGCCGCUGGAGCAACCUCCGCGCAUGGGGGCUUUCUCAAUCGUGUCUUUGGCAACAAGAAAGACAAGGAUGUAGAUUCCGACACUUCAGGCUCCAGAAUCAGUAUUGACAGCAACAAAGCCUCGCCUAUCAACAGCUUAAACUCCUCCGACCAACCCUCCAGUCCCAAAAACGAGUCUCUGGCUCGACAGGCCAGCGACGAAACCAGCACCGCUUCCCCCACCACAGACAGUAAAAAGCGAAGGAGCAGCAGUGCCAAAGCAAAAGAGAUCUUCACUCAGGCCAAAAACUCGUUGAUCCACGGCGAUCGAGACGGUCCUCAAACCCCAAUGCAGAAACUCUCAAAGACCGACGCCGCCUUGAGCGUGCCUCAAGGUUCCUUGAACAAUUCGGCUGGCGAGUCACAACCCACUCCCAAUUCCUCAUUUCGUGUUGGGGUGACUGAAGACAAGAACAAGAAAUGCCGCCGAACCAUGGAAGACACCCACUCUUAUCUCUACAAUUUCCUGGGAACUCCCGCGCCCGUGGUGUCCUCGGACGCAUCCUUGACCAAGAAAACCUCGAUAGAGGACCGAGCCAGUCUGACCACUGUUCCGUCGGAGACUGCUCACCACGUCGCCGAGACGGAUAAUGGAUACUUUGCCAUUUUUGAUGGGCAUGCCGGCACAUUUGCUGCCGAGUGGUGCGGGAAAAAGCUACAUGUCAUCUUGGAGGAUUUGAUGCGAAAAUACCCCAACACUGCGGUGCCCGAAUUACUCGAUCAGACCUACACGUCGGCAGAUACGCAAUUAGAAAAGCUGCCCUUGAAGAACAGUGGGUGUACGGCCAUUACGGCGGUGUUGAGGUGGGAAGAUCGUGUUCCUACCAAUCAUUCAGCUACAGGAUCGCAAGCCAUUGCGCCUCUUGCGGCGGCGGCGGCCAAAGAAGCAGAGAAACUGGAAGCCAAGGAUGCGACACCACGAUCCAACUCGACGGCCGAGGCGGCAGCGGCAGCGAUUCAGGAAGCCAAACAGAAGGCGACGCGACAAAGGGUACUUUAUACUGCCAAUGUGGGAGAUGCACGCAUUGUGCUCUGCCGCAAUGGAAAGGCGCUCCGACUUUCAUAUGAUCACAAAGGAAUGGAUGAGAAUGAAGGGCGCCGAAUUUCCAAGGCGGGAGGGCUAAUAUUGAACAACCGAGUCAAUGGAGUGUUGGCUGUGACGCGUGCGUUGGGUGAUUCAUAUCUGAAAGAUUUGGUCACGGGGCAUCCAUAUACCACGGAAACGGUGAUCCAGCCCGAUCAAGAUGAAUUCUUGAUACUCGCUUGUGAUGGAUUGUGGGAUGUCUGCUCCGACCAGGAGGCGGUAGAUUUGAUUCGACAGGUUCAAGAUCCACAGGAAGCAUCUCGAAUGUUGGUGGAAUAUGCACUGGCACGAUUUUCCACCGACAAUCUGUCGGUGAUGAUUGUUCGAUUUGAUUCACAAAAGCUGCAGAACAAUACCAAGAUCGACAUUGGAGUCGAGACGGAGGGCAACAAGGAUAAAGGUGCCAUCAGUGAGGUAGAAAUGAUUGUGGCCGAGGCACGCCGACAUUCUGGGAUUGCUCAAGAAACCGCGAUUUCGGAUCAAGACUCGGAAGAGUUGAAACAGAAUGUGAUCAAAGAACAGGAGAAUGAGGAUCAAGAACCUGGACCGGAGCUCACACCUGAAGGGGGGCCCGAAGCAGAGAAACUCUUGUCGGAGAAGAAAGAAAAUGGGAACAAGGGAGUGAGUGAGAGCUAG